AUGAUGUGCGUCAAAAAACGAGAUUUGAUAACAAUAUUUCGUAUGGGUGAAGAAGCAUCACAAGAUAUCGAUCUAGCUAUAUUAAUUGCUUUACUUCGUAGUACAUGUGUUUCAUCAAUAGAUCAAUUAAAACUUGCUCUAACAUGGAAUAGAGUUGAUAUUGCACGAAAUUAUAUUUUAGCUGGUACUCAUCAAUGGCCGGAACAAGCAUUAGAAGAAAUAAUGAUGACUGCAUUAGCAACUGAUAAAGUUGAUUUUUGUCGAUUACUACUUGAAAAUGGUAUUUAUAUGCAAAAGUUCUUAACAAUUCAUCGAUUAGAAGAAUUAUAUAAUACUCGUGAUGGUCCUCCAAAUACUCUUCAAUAUAUUGCAAAAGAUAUUCGAAAAAUUCGCAAGUCAGCUAUAAUGAGUGCAUAUACAUUACCUGAUAUAGGUUUAAUCUUUGAGAAAUUAAUGGGUCAUGGGUAUCGUUCAAAUUAUACUCGUCGACGUUUUCGUACACGUUAUGCAACUACGUUAAAUCAAUCGUAUGCAUUACGAUCAUUUCAUAAAAAACCAGUUAAUACUGUAGCAAAACCAGUUGAUGAUACAUUUCAAUAUCCAUAUAAUGAAUUACUUAUAUGGGCAGUGUUAACAAAACGACAUCAGAUGGCUUUAUUCUUUUGGGAACGAGGUGAAGAGGCAAUGGCGAAAGCAUUAAUUGCAUAUAAAUUAAAUAAAGCACUAACACAUGAAGCUAAUGAUGAUGAAUUAGAAAUUGAAGUUGCAACUGAAUUGUCUAGUUAUGCAGAACAAUUCCAUCAAUUAGCUCUUGGUGUUCUCGAACAAUGUUAUCGUGAAAAUGCUGAUAAAACAUGUCAAUUAUUAACAUAUGAAUUAAAAAAUUGGUCUGAUUGGACAUGUUUAUCAUUAGCUGUUAUAUCCCACCAUCAAGAAUUCGUUGCACAUAAAUGUUGUCAAACAAUUUUAAAUGAUUUAUGGAUAGGUGGAAUGUCAAUUCGACGUUAUCUUAAUUGGAAAGUUAUUGCUUCAAUAUUAUUUUUUCCACUUGUACUUCGUAUUGAAUUUAAAAGUGCUGAAGAAUUAAAAUUACAACCAAAAACACAUGAAGAACAUUUAGCAACACAAAAUCAAAGUGAUCCUGAUGAAGACGAUGAUGACGAUGAUUAUAAUAGUGAUGAUUAUAAUUCAGGAACAUUAUCAAAUGAUUAUACACAUUGUCGUUUAUCCGAUGAAAAUGAUUUAAGAAAAACUUCAAUAAUUAAUAAUGAUGUAUCAGUUGAUUUUGUUCUUGAAAAUAAAAAUGUUGAUAAUCAAUCAAUUGAAAUGGUAACAUUUAAUAGAUCAUCGACAAAUUUAAAACAAACUUUAUCAACACCAACACAUCAAACAGAUGAUAUAAUUGAUAUUAAUACUGAAACAUCGAAAAAAAACGGAUGA